AUGAGUGACGAUCGGUUGCGAAAAUGUGUCAUCGACGAACUGCGUAAAGCACAGGGAGAACCGCUUUCCUCAGAGGAGUUAUAUGAGCGAUGUGGCGGAGUUAAAGUCACUAAUCUUAGUGUUGAGGCAUUCAGGUCCUUCAUCUUGCAACGCUGUUCUCGUGCUAUAAAACCUGUUCAUGAUGCAGGCGACGAAAAUAGCCUUCCUAAGUGAGC